AGUACUGUUUCAGCGAUGUUGGAGUACGCCGCAGGUCAGAAACAAGCUGCUUAUGCUAAGAAGUUGGAGGUGUGGAUGAUCUUGAAGAACAAAGAAGAUCGUGAUGAAGAAGAUGAGUAUGUUUAUAACACGUUGAAGAAGGAUCUGUUUGAUCUUUAAGUUCCAUAUUGUGUGUUUUACUGUUUCAAAUUGAAAGUGACAUGUCUACCAACGUGCUUCUGAUAUUGAAAGUGACAAGUCUAUGCACUAUACUACAAAAAUUAAUCUGACCAUGUCUUCCCACUUGCUUCUGAAAAUUGAAAAUGACUUGUCUACCCACUUGCUUCUGAUAUUGAAAGUGACAAGUCUAUCUACUAUACUACAAAAAUGAAUCUGGCCAUGUCUACCAACUAGCUUCUGAAAUUAAAAGUGACAAGUCUAGCCACUAUACUACAAAAAUGAAUCUGGCCAUAUCUACCAACUAGCUUCUGAAAUUGAAAGUGACAAGACUAGCCACUAUACUACAAAAAUGAAUCUGGCCAUAUCUACCAACUAGCUUCUGAAAUUGAAAGUGACAAGACUAGCCACUAUACUACAAAAAUGAAUCUGGACAUAUCUACCAACUAGCUUCUGAAAUUGAACCAUACCUAAUCCUUUCAUUCAACUUAUUGGAAUCCGUAGGUCAUUCAUUAUAAAUAAUGUAUCACACAUCAUAUGAAAACCACUCACUAUCAACACUUAGCAAUUCAAACCUUCUUCUUCAAACAACCCAAUGGAUCUACCCCCAAAUGGCUUUGAUCUCGAAGAGUUCCAACGACAAUGGGAGCUAGAAGGAAAAAUACUUGAUAGGCAGCAAGAACUUCUUGAAGAAUUGCAAAGGAGAAGCGAACAACCCCAUAAGAGAAAAUCAAUAUAUAGAGAUCACUAUGCUGCUCAUGAGAGGCUUAUGGCAGACUACUUUGUCGAGUCAUGCACCUAUACUGACGAACAAUUCCGACGGAGGUAUCGAAUGAAGAUGCCACUUUUUUUACGGAUUGUGGACUCUAUAUCAAAUUAUGAUAACUACUUCAUUCAAAGACGCAAUAAUGCGGGAAAGGUUGGUUUAACGCCGAUCCAAAAGUGUACGGCUUCCAUACGCAUGCUUGCAUAUGGAGUGGCAGCGGAUGCUUGUGAUGAGUACGUGAAGAUAGGGGAAUCCACUGUAAUUGAGUGUACUCGCAAGUUUUGUGAAGGGGUAAUAGCCUGUUUUGGAGAUGCCUGUUUUGGAGAUGAAUACUUAAGACGACCAAAUUUGGAUGACUUACAGAGGUUGCUCCAAGUUGGCGAUGAUCGUGGUUUUCCUGGGAUGAUUGGAAGUAUCGAUUGCAUGCACUGGCAAUGGAAGAAUUGUCCAAAGGCUUGGCAAGGACAGUUUACUAGUGGACACAAGGGAACAACAACAGUUAUCCUUGAGGCAGUUGCCUCAUAUGAUUUGUGGAUAUGGCAUGCUUUUUUUGGGCUGCCUGGUACAUUAAAUGACAUAAAUGUACUAGAUAGGUCGCCAGUUUUCGACGACAUUGAGUCGGGUGAAGCUCCAAGGGUAAACUUCACUGUGAAUGGGAGACAAUACAAUCUUGCAUACUAUCUUGCUGACGGAAUCUAUCCUAAAUGGCCUGUCUUCGUCCAGUCAAUUCAAAUGCCCCAAGGAAACAAACAGCAAUUUUUUGCCAAACAACAAGAGUCAUGCAGGAAGGACGUGGAACGCGCAUUCGGGGUUCUCCAGGCACGGUUUGCUAUUGUCCGCCAACCAGCUAGAAUGUGGGACCUUGAUGUCUUAGGGAAAAUUAUGAGGGCGUGCAUUAUUUUACAUAACAUGAUAGUAGAGGAUGAACGAGAUACGUAUUCCCGAAACUGGGAAAAUCUAGACUUCGAACAGUCAUCAGGCUCUAGUGCCUCUUUCAAUGUUCAAACAGAAGUAUUGCCUGAGUUUCAAGUGCAUGUUCAAGGCCGGUCCGAUUCGAAUAUUCCGACUAGAGCCGAGCUGCGAGAUAGGGUCCAACAUAUUCAGUUGAAGAAGGAUCUGGUCGAGCACAUUUGGCAGAAAUUUGGAACAACCCUCGAUUAGAUUUACCAAUUUACUAUGUGUUUUCUUCAAUAUUUUUAAUAAUUCGUGUAUGUUUGGUAUUGGGUGUGAUUAAUAAUAUCGUGUGUUUUGUUUUUA